AUGCAUUUUUUUCACAGGUUGGCCGACUAUCCGUUAGAUGUACAAACUUGUGUGGUGGACUUCGCUUCCUACGCUUAUACAACAAAAGACAUCGAGUAUGGUUGGAAGGAGGAGAAACCGAUCCAGAUCAAGGAUGGCCUUCGCCAAUCGUUGCCUUCGUUUCUGCUCAGUAAUGUAAAAACUGGUAAUUGUACUUCUGUCACCACAACA